CAUCAGUAAACAAAACAGAAAAGUCGAGAAUCGCAUUGUCGCAGUCAAUGAAAACCGUAGGCAGAGACAGGUAGGAGAUAAGAUAAAAGCGAUUUUUCCUCUAAACUCAGGACUUAUAAUUUUGGGCGUGCUUGUUUUACACGUUAGUACAAAUGCAACGGAACAGCAGAAUAAUUACAUUGAGGCCGCACAAUGGACAACUUGUGUGACCUGCUGUCCACCCUUUCUGAGUUUGGCGACGCUGCUGUUGUUUUUGUCGAUCUUCGGGGUAAAAGUCCACCCGUUUCAGACAAUGAAAACCAUGAAGACGAACCAGAUAGAGUUUUUCUCAAAAGACAAGAAGUUAAUGUAGCUUAUCUACCAGAUUUUCCUCGGCCAGAUCCGCCAGGUGAAGUCAUCUUUAUGGAAAUGUUAAGCAGAGCUGGCACGCAGGCGAUUCCUCUACAUGAAAAGUUUUUUGCCAAAAAGCAACUACACAAAUCCCUCUACACUACCUUUGGAGUGGCAACGCUUGAGUUUAUGGACACUGAAUUCUAUGACUGUAGCCUCCUGUUUUCCGACAAAGCAAAAACCAAAGAAGAUCGUUUCUGUGAUCUGAGCAGAGCGACUCGUGUAGCCUUCAUCACCGACAAUGCGGAGCUCAAUUUCUGGUCCAUGCUAGACAAAGCUGUAAAAAGUGGAAACGAAUCAGCGUUACUGACUUUGAGGUUGUUCCUUACUAACUAUAUUGGAAAAGAUGUUGCCGAAUACAUGAAGAAAAAUCAUCCCAAUCAAAACUUCUCUCCUGGUAAAUUUCUACUCAACCCUGGUAUUCUUUGGCAGCUCUACUUCAAUUCUGCGUUGUUAAACCAAUGGCUAAUGAUGGCCCUCUUUAUUGUCUUGAAGCACGAGGCAUGCAGCAUUUCUUUAUUCAAGCACCUGCCCAUUCCAGAGCAGUUAGCCCCGGGUGUCCAAGACCUUCUGAUGUUCUUCAGGGACCUGUGGAAAAGGCUUAACUAUGGCUUUGCCCUGCUUAGUUAUCUGGUCAAGAUUCAUCCGAAUACAGAUGAGCAAGUGACAAAACUGAUUAUGGAGGAUGUGGUUGCUCCUGUGUUGGCCUCCAUCAGGGUCAUUUUGAAUGAAGAGCACCAUUUCGAGAAGCUUUGUGUUAACCUGCCAAAGGUCAUAUUAACCGCAAGGCAAGAUGGAUCCUUUGGUAAAGAUGUCUUCAUCAACCCCAGGAAUUACUCCGUUGACCAGACAGUUGAAAACUUUGAUACGAUUUACACAAUUCGAUACUGGGUUUUAGGAGGAGAAUCCAAGGAAUGCUUUGGUAGUAUCAAAACCAAAAUUGAGGACUUGAAAGCAACAAUAAAUGAGAGCAAAAUGUAUCAGUUUAUGGACAAGAUGCCCAUCUUCGUCAGCAGCCUAGACCGAGCCGCAAACGCACUUUAUUUAACAACAGAUUUAGCAAGUAAAGUACAUGAUUUGGAAAGCUACAAAAAUUUUCUAUCUAAGGUGUGGGAAAAAAAUGAUGAAGUCGACAUCAGUCGCGGCAGCAAACUUGAUAGUUGUCUACUCACUUUGUUGCAUGAAGAACAACGUGCCUUGAAGAACAGUGUUGGAGCAAGAACCUUUGUCAUGCAGGGGAAGAAACUAGAAGUCGUGGCUAAUUUGUCAGUUGUGGAAGAGACUAUUAUCUUAGUGAAGAGCAUAGAAAAAAGAAAGCUUCAAAAGCAGGCUGCCAAAUAUUUGAAGGAAUGGGACGGAAAAAACUGUAUCAACCCUUUCAAUUUUUUGGAAAAGCUUGACCUGUCAAACCAAAAAAAUUCCAUUGAGGCAAAAACUUUUAGAUUGGCUAAACAAAUGGUAUGUUUUAAAUCAUCACCAGGUUACCCUUACUGGACUUUCAACUACUGCAUCUUGCCAACAUUUGUGAAUUGCUUCCGUACUAAUAAAAAGCGUGCUAAAUUUGAGCACAAGUUGUCAGAGUUCUUCCUCGAGGAACUGCUGUCCCUCCUCACCAAAGAUCACGAUGCUUGGAGGUCAGGAUCAGGUCAUGCCGAAUUUUCUACAAAAGACCACCUGUCUGAAGAUGAAAGUUAUGUCACCUCUCUCAUAGAUUGGAGGAAAAAGUUCCUGGACAGAAUUUGCCAUGCAGUGUCCAAGACGUGCAAAAAUGUCACUGCGCCCAUUGAGAGAUUUAACAAACUGCUUUCCCUCAACGCAGCAAAUACCUUGCCCACUCUGAAUGACAUCAUGACUGCCACUUUUCAAAAAUUGGCCUUUGACUGGAUGCGAAAAAGUGCUUACUGGAUCAAUAUGAUAAUGUUUUCCCUAACGGAGGCAAUUUCUAAAUGUGCAGCAGAACCGUCAAUCAAUUUAAAAAAUCUGAUCCUAGCCAUUCACACCAUGAUUGAACUGGUGAGUUUGUUUGAAACUCAAUCAACCAAGUUCAAUGCCCAGCGUAAAGAACUAAAACUGAGGUUACAAACUCUAGACGACGCUUAUCUUGAGCUGAUGGGAGAAAACAAGGCACUUUCAAAAAGCAAAGGCGUGGCGAAUACUUGGCAAAAGCUCGGACUGAUUCUCCACCUGCUUUACGAAAUGUGCAAGACUGUAAAAGUUCCAAAAAACUACAAGCCACCCACCUACUACCCUGAAGACUCCAAACUUAUUAUUAUGUGUUUUGCUGAGAGGAAACUUGAUAAACUCAAGAUUGCAAUUGCUUCAAUUUGCAUUGAUGCCAAACGCCAAGAUCAAACCUGGACUACAGUGGAGGUAAUGAAGAAUUCGCCUGAAAAUAUGUUCACUCCUUGCCUCGAAAGAAUCAAGGAGGGCAAGAUCAGAAGCUGGGACGAAGAUGUCCUGAUUCCUGUGAAGCACUGUCGUUUCUGCGGGAAAGUCAAUGUCAAGUUGAUGAUGUGCACUGCGUGCAAGGAUAUGGACGAGUACCCUGACAUUCACUGGUUCUGCGGAGACAAGUGUGAGGCCAACGCCUUUAAGAAAACUAAUCUUCGAGAUGAUCACGAAAAUUUUAUUCUCGAUAAGAUGGUUUUUUAAAUGGAAAAAAUAUUGAGAAGGUUAACAUCAAAUAUUUAAAUUUCUUUGGAUAGUCGGUAAUUUUUUUUUCAAAAUUAUUUUUUAUUUUCUGCAAAAUGGAUAUUAGUGUGAUAGAUGUCUAGCUUCAUUUUUAAUGUGUUUUUGAUGUGAUUUUAUUUGGAUUUAUAAAGUUUUUAAGAAACUAAUACGGAUGUAUACGGACAAAGUGAGAAAAUUUAAAUUUUUACAAUAAAUUAUUGCAAUUUUUAGCUAUCAACAAA